GCGGCCACUGCUGCAUCCAACCCCUCCACUUCUCACUUCCACUUGCACCCACUGCCACUGGCAUUUGCCUGCGGACCGUUUGCACUACGGAGGACUAUUGGGACCCCGCCAACCAACCUCUCACGUUUCCACUGCCAGUGUUGCCGCAGUGUCUGUUCCUCUCUCUCGCUCUGCCAGUGUCUCUCUCACACUCUUACCUCGCGGCCCCUUCGAAGCUCUCUCCCGCCCGUGUCCCGAGCUCCAGAGUAUCAAAGCUCCCCAGCUCUAGCUCCGUCAUCUCUAACCCUCUCUGUCACUACUGACGCCAGAGAACCGGCCUGGAGCUUGCUCCUUUCUCGUUCUCCUGUCCCUGAGAUGGGGGGAUAGCUACCGCCCACCCACGGCUGCAUCAUGGCUUUUUGCGCCCUUCUCUGGGCCUCUGGCUCUCUACCUGUCCAGUUCUCGCCCUCUCCUCGUGCUGUUUUCUAGCCGACCCCCUUCCUCUAUCCGGCCUUCGGUCGCGCAUUUCCCCUGCCUCCGGCUUAGUGAUUGACUUUGGCCCUGAACCCUGACGUCUGCAAAGAGCUCCCCAGGGCUUCCCAAAGUCCUCAGCCGUACUCUCACCCUGACUUAAACUCGUCCAUAUUCUGUCCUCUUUAUCCUCUCUUUUCCCUUCCUGUUCCUUUACCUCUGCUCGUAUCCUUUCCAUUACUUUCAACCAUAGUUUUUCGCCGACCUCUUCGAACCUCAUCCUCAUCCGCCCUACAACAUGGUGGGCCCUAGAAAGCGACGUCAAGACCCUGAAGACGAGGAAGAAGAGCUCGUAGCUCUCCCAAGCGACGACGACGAAGAGGAAGAAGAAUAUGAAGAUUCCGAGGUUGAUGACGAUGAAGAAGGUGAAGAAGAGGACGACGAGGAGGAAGUAGAAGGAGAAGAGGAAGAAGAGGAGGAGGAGGAAAAAGCUCCUCCAAAGAAGCGCAAGGCUGAGGCCGAGCCUGCCGAGCCUGCCUCCAAGAAAUCCAAGUCCACGGCCAAGGCCAGCAAGAAGGAGGAAGAGGAUGAGGAAGGAGAGGAAGAGGAAGAAGCCGAGAAUGACGCUCCUGAAGAAGAUGACGCCGAUGAGGAGGAGCACGAAGAGGAUGAGCCGGCCGUCAAGACAAAAGUCAUUGCUGGUUCCGAGAGCAAGACCGAAGCCGCUGAGGCGGAGACGGAGGAUCUCGAUGACGAAGAGUAGUUCGACCAACACCUGGGUGUCUUCUCGAAUCUUUCCAAAAAGCGACCCGGACUGGAACAGAUAGAACAAGCAGCUACACUUGGCUUGUACCAAAACCAAAAUGGCAUCGACAACAACCUCUCCAGCCAUGAA